AUGGCCGCCAAUUCGAGUAGCCGAGGGAUCACCGCCUUGGGGAAGACCGUCGCCAACCGGAUCUGGACCUCCAAAACUCCCUCACCUCCUCCCACUUCCAGGAAGGCAGGUGGAAGAGCAGCAUACAGCAACAGCAGCAGCAGCUCGGUGUACGACAAGAACCCUGAUGAUCAUAUCCAGUCUGGACCUGUUCCAGACGAUGUAAUUCAGGCCACGCAGUCCGGCAAGUAUUGGGCCCCACACCCACAGACUGGGGUGUUUGGGCCUCCCGGCGACCACCUUGCUUCUCCUCCGACCUCCAGUGGCGGCGGAGAACGCCCCUUUCACUCUGAUGUGCUGGAGGAGAAGGCCUGGUUUCGCCCCACCAGUCUGGAGGACUUGGAGAAGCCUCACACUCUUCCUUGA